CAGAGCUCUGCGGUUCUGAGUUGUUAAUUUCUGUCAUGUCUGGCCGGGGCAAACAAGGAGGCAAGGCCCGCGCCAAGGCCAAGUCGCGGUCUUCCCGCGCCGGCCUGCAGUUCCCGGUGGGGCGCGUGCACCGCCUGCUGCGCAAGGGCAACUACGCGGAGCGCGUGGGCGCCGGCGCGCCGGUGUACAUGGCGGCGGUGCUGGAGUACCUGACGGCCGAGAUCCUGGAGCUGGCGGGCAACGCGGCCCGCGACAACAAGAAGACCCGCAUCAUCCCGCGCCACCUGCAGCUGGCCAUCCGCAACGACGAGGAGCUCAACAAGCUGCUGGGCAAAGUGACCAUCGCGCAGGGCGGCGUGCUGCCCAACAUCCAGGCCGUUCUGUUACCAAAGAAAACCGAAAGCCAUAAGGCCAAAAGCAAGUGAUCCUGAUGCCAAAAUAAACCAAAGACCAAAGGCUCUUUUUAGAGCCACCCAA